UGCUAGAUGCAGAGAAAACGCCAGACGCGUCACAACAAGUUGCUCUAUUUGAAGCGCACCAACCCCAACACGUGCUUUCCGGAUACUAAGAGUAUACGGGUUGUUCUUGCUCAACAGCCAUGUUUUCUCCUACUAACACACCACCUCUUGAGAGCGGGAGCGAGGACGAGGGAGACUCUGACCUCCCCGACAUCAAAGUGGGAACUCCCAAGAAACCAAAACUCGAAGCAGCUGCAGAGCCCAAGCCGCACCUCCCAAAUCCCUCUAAUGGCGGCUCGAGCUCACGCGUUGGUCUUGGUGCCCUUGAAAAUCCCCUUUGUGCGUCUUCUCCUGCCAGAAGCAGCUCAACUGCUGCUACUACUAUUAGCUCGCCGCUUCAGGAGAAGCCAGUAGCUAUUUCCAACGCUGUCAGGGAUCGUUUGUUCAAAACUGCUACUUUCGGCGUUCGGGCAAUGGUGGACGGCCUGAGUUACCUAUCUCCGGUCAAAAUGGAGAGCAGCAGCGGGACGAGUGAGAGCAAGAAGACGGCAAACAGGGUGAAGAAACUUGCCCGGACUCUGAAAGAGAAGACAGACAUGGAGAAAAAGCUGGAGGAGCUACGAUCUCGCAAUGGGAUCCAGGGAAUUGCAAAAAGCGAGGAGGAGAAAUUGGAAGCCCAGAAAAUGAGCUAUGAGAGCACUCUACCGGACAUCGACGGUCUCCUCGCGGAGGGAAACUCUACGACUUUUCCAAAUGAUGCCUCUCUAUUCCCCUCUCCCUCUUCUCUCAACUCCGGCCGGCCUUUUUUCGUCCGUGAAGCUUCUCUCAUCACAGAGAUCUACCCUCCAGGGAUCGCGAUGAGCGACGGAGGAUCUCUCGCUCAGCUACUGGUGGAAGGAAGUGGAAAUGACCUCAGAAAUAUUGUGUGUGGUGUAAUGCUACCGUUGUCCUACAUUGGAAGACCGUGUCCGCUUGAGCUCACCCAGUGGCUCUUUCAGCUCACGGCAUGUGCCGAGGACGAGAAAGUGAGUUUUGGAGCCCUAAAGUCACUGCUGGAGCUACUGCAGCAGAAUCUGAAACAGAAGACAAGUUUCUCGCCACCGACCGUAGCAGAAAUCACAGAUGCCUUAGUCACACUCGGAGCCGAUAAAGAGAGACUCAGACCACCUGUGGAUAGUUGUGGGACAAUAGUCAGAUCCCUGCCUCAAGGCCCGGAGUCCUUUACUCCCGUGUCUCCUCCAAUUGCAAACCUUUCCCACCUGACCACCUACAUCUGUGCCUGUGUGAAGACGGUCGCAGAGAACUACGGGGUCCAGGAACUGGAGCAGCUUGUCCUGGUUCUCUGCGGGCUCUCCCUCGACCCACACUGCCAGUACACUCUCAAGCAGGUCCUCCAGAACUGUCUCGGUUGUGUUCUCGGAGCCUACCCCGAGGCUGUGUGGUCCAAGGCAAUCGCAAGGCUCUCUCCACAGCUUGCCUGCCUGUCCCCGCACAGUCGUCAUCACGUUUACCUCGCACGUUUUCUCCGUGGGACUUCACCUCGCCAACUCUGCUUCCUGCGCGAUUUCUGCCGGUACUGUCUGGCAAAGAUAGUCCACUUGCCUACCCGGGAUUUCAUUUCAGACACUUUGCCAGUGAUUUCAGACACCUCCUCAUCACUGGGCAAUAACUCUUCCCUCGCUAGUGAAAAUUCCCCACUCGGUGUUGAUUUGAUGGAAGCUGAAUCCGAGAGGCGACACACGACAGCGAAAGCUAGUUCGUCAGCCAACACUAUCAAGAAACACGGGCGAAAUAGCGGUGAUGGUAGUGGAGUCUUUGCAAGAACAGUCAUUGAGUCUUACCGCAGGACCAUGCCAACCAAGAUGACCAGCAAACACUACCAAGAGCUCUACUGUCUCCUUCAACUGCUGAACCUCCACGGGCUCAGCUUCAGGAGUCAGAGCGAGGAACAAGAGUUUCUGCGGGUGUUGGGAGGCAUACGGUCCACCAUAAGAGAUGAUCCAGCCCUGCCUGUCACCAGCCAGGUGAAGGACCUACUUAUAAGACUCAAGGUUGAGCUGGAGGCACAGGGACACGGACGAAGGACCAACACUACACCAUUAGACGUCCUUUUCUCUACCUGA